AUCAGUUCCGUGCUUAGCUUUUCAUAGCAUAGUUCAAUUAACAAACAAACGAUUUUCGGUUAAUCAAAGUAUUCCUAAGGAUUAACAACUAUCAGGAUUAUUUUAUUGUGUUCAAACAUUUAAUUUAGAAUGAAAAUGCGUGCUUUUUAUUUGUUUUCUUGUUUGGCUGUGGCCAGUGUAAUGGCUCGCCCCGAACCACCAGUAUAUAUGGGAUUACAACAACAAAAUCAAAGAGCUUUACCUUUGAAUGCACAUGCUGCUAAGCCUCAUGUUUACCAGCAAUUGCCCCAAGAACAUAGCUUUGCCAAUUUCGCUGCCCCCGCCCCCACUUAUGGUGCUCCAGCUGUUGCCCCCUCUUCUGAUUCUUUGACUCAAUCUAACCCUGAAACACCUGCUGUGGACAUGCCUCAAGAGGAUUCUUAUAAAGCUGCUUAUCGUCAUUCCACCUCUCAACAACAUCAAACUGGUUAUGACAAUGGACCUACCGAAACUCAAGUGCACAAACACAUUUAUGUUCAUGUGCCCCCCAAAGAUUUCGAAGAGGAAGAAGCCAUGCAACCCCGUGUAGUUCAUGAAGGUGGUCCCAAGCAAAAACACUACAAGAUUGUCUUCAUCAAGGCUCCCUCAGCACCUGCCAUGCGUGCUCCCAUUGUACCACCUGCACCACAAAACGAAGAAAAGACUCUUAUCUAUGUAUUGCACAAGAAACCAGAAGCUCAACCCGAUAUUGUCAUUCCCACACCAGCUCCCACCAAACCCUCCAAACCUGAAGUAUACUUCAUCAAGUACAAGACCAAGAAGGAAGAAGCUCCCGUCUAUGGUCCACCACCAGCCACCAAUGAAGUUGAACCUCGUCAGAUUGCUGAAGCUCCUGCUAGUGAAGGUAACGAUUUUAUGCCUAUGGAUCUUGGUCAAUACGAAAUGGUUCCUACUACCCAACAACCCCAAUACGAAGAGGAACAACAGCAACAACAGGUUCAACCUCAAUAUACUAACGAAGAACCACCCUCUGCUGCUGGUGCUGAACUCUAUAAUGCUCCCUCUACGAACAAUUUCGUAAACGAAGAGCCCCAACCCACUGCUGCUGCUGAGCCCCUCAAUCAAUAUUUGCCUCCUGAAACUACUCCAGCUCCCAUUGUUGUAGAAGAAAUGGAAGAACCCGCUCAUGUGCCAGCUGCCACUUAUGGUGUUCCCAACCAAAGCCGCUAUUUCCUUAAGAAGAGGAAGUAAAUGUUGCCAUAAUUAGUGUUGAGUCUAUAUAAUGACUUAUUAGCCAAUUUUUUUAUUAUUGUUUUCUUGUUAUUAUUUUUUUGUUGUUAUAACUUUGUUAAAUAUUUAGGUUGUUUUUUCUUAUCAAAUUUCGUUCAUCAUUUACAUCUAAAUAUUUUUAUAAAUUCAUAAAUUGUUUGAACAUUACAUAAAUAUUUUAUACAUAAAGCACAUACAUUUUACUAUUAAAUACGUCUUUAAAUAAAGAAUUUUAAAUAUUAUUAGAAA